UCUGCACCCCUGUCUCUGCUUCUGUAUGAAAAUAUAAAAUGAUUCUAUACUUCACAAUUUUACCAGUGUUACAGAGACUGCAGCUACAGUAGGCAGCGAUGAGAUUGGAAUGCGAUAACUUCCUAACUAGGCUUGAGAGAAUCAACAAUUUUAAACUAGAUCUCAAUAAUAUUCAUAGAUAUAAACCCUUCGUAUGUCAGGGUGUACAGGUCGGGCUUAUAUCUGAGGAGGUGUUAAGCGUACUGCUGAACUAUCCAGAAGUAUUUUAUAUCUCUGAUACAGGGGUCACCUUCAACAACCAUAUUCAAGGGUUUACACAGUGUAGCCAGGCAUUGAGUGCAGUUCUUGAUCAGCUUCAGAAAGAAAAAACCUUCCCUUGCCUCAAAGGUUGGAGAAACGAAUGCUAUGAAAUUUCCGAAACCUACGGAAGUGAACGAUUAUUCGAGAUUGAACGUUGUGCUGCACCUUUGUUCGGAAUCCGGAAAUACGGCGUACACAUCAACGGCUAUGUAAACCACGAGGAGAAUGGGAUAUCCCUCUGGCUACAACGUAGAUCCUACUCAAAGCAGACCUACCCAGGGAAAAUAGAUAACUUUGUCGGCGGAGCUUUGACGGAAGGGCGGAGUGUAUUUGAGACAGCUGUUAAAGAGGGGGCGGAGGAGGCAGGUCUUACUGAACAACUUGCGGCAGGUUUGAAACCGUGUGGCAGUAUCUCCUACAUGCAUCAGUCCGAGCGAGGGAUUCAUCCUCAGACCGAGUUUGUGUUUGACCUUGAGCUCCCGCAGCAGUUUGUCCCGGAGAACCAGGACGGAGAGGUUCAGGACUGGAUACUCUGUCCUGUUUCAAACAUUUUAGAUAUCAUAACCUCGGAGGAUUUUAAAAUGACGAGUUUUCCGGUAGCUCUGGAUUUCCUAAUACGGCACGGAUUCAUCAAUAUCGAGAAUGAGCGAAAUCUACCAAAAAUUAUUGAAAUGUUGCACACCCCGGUACAUACCCUGUACAAUGCCAUACAAGAGCCACUGUUAAAUUCCCAAGAUUCAAGUUUUUAAACUUAUUUUAUCCUCCGCUUCUCAGCUCAGUGCACAAAGCCAAAGAUAGCUGCUAAAGCGAGAAAGCUAUGGCAGUACUUACAUUUAAACCUUUGCUUCCAGAUGACGUAAAUUAUAUAUUAUGUAACUUA